AUGUCCCUCACAACAACGGAGAGCUCGCCCUCGUCCAGCUCGCGUAUCCAUGUCAAAACCAGGUACAUACCCCCUCCAGAGCCUUCUCUACCCGCUCUGGCCGUCCAGGUAACCGAGAUGGUCGACUCUUACAUGCUGUGGAUCGGCACGACGAACGAGCCCGCCGAGAGCGUGCAGAACGCGCCAUUGCAGGGCUGUCUCGCGAGAGACUGGGCAUGUGCCAUGCCCACCCGAGAUAUCAACUCAAGUCUGCCGCCUGCAGCGACCUCUCUGUUCCGCACCUCAGGCUCCGACAUCGCGCUCUCGAUGUCACAGCGUUUGGCCCGGCGCUUCAAAAAACAGAUAUUCUUGUCGGUGGACAUUCCGCCCUCGUUCCAGACGAUGGGGCAGGGUCCGCAACUGAUUUUGGCGGUAGAGAAGACGAUGGUAGAGACGCUGAAGGAGCUGGAGCAGAGGCGCACAUGA